ACUGUCAGUCCAUCGAAUUGUAUUUGUAUCGUUUGCUUUCCGUUUUUGCAUUGGCUAUUAGCAGCUGGUCAUUGUUAUGCUAAAUGGGAAAAUAUUUUAAAGUUCAAUCCUUAUUAAUUUACAAAAUAAAUAAUAAUUUAAAUGUAAUUUAAUAUUUUAACAAAACCAUGUUUGGUUACAGUAAAGAAGCAGUUAGAGUGAAAGUCAAGAAAUGUGAAGGAAAGCUCCAACCAGAACUGAGAAAAUUUUCAGUUGAUCCACAAAUUACUUCUUUAGAAGUUCUUCAAAGUAUUUUAGUGAAAGCUUUUGAUAUUAAAUCUGAUUUCACACUAUCAUACAGAAGUAUUGAUGAGUAUGGUCAAGAAAUUUAUUUGCCCUUACUCUCUGAUUGGGAUUUGGAUGCGGCAUUUCUAAAAUCACACAAUAUUGCAGUCAAUCAAAAAUCUGAGCCAUGUGUUCAACUCAAAGUAGAUAUGAAGCCCUUUGCCGAAGCAUCAGAAGAUUGGGAACCACCAAGUGUGAAUCCAACAAUCCCGACUCAACAUCCCAUAUACAAAGAACAGCCAACAGUAGCACCUACCUCUCAUCAGAUGGAUAAGCAAGAAACACAAACUGGUCUCCAAGGAAUCAUCAUGAACCAAGUUGAAAAAACAUUCAACAUGGUAUCCAGAGCUUUGAAUCUCUAUGACGACCCAAAUACUCCACCAAGACAGCCACUUUGCGAUAUAGAAUUUAGAUCUUUUCUGGAUGCAGUAGGACAAAUCAACAAUCCCAUAAAACUCAGAGAAGUUAUCUACUGUGGUGGAAUAGAGCCAAGCCUCAGGAAAGUGGUUUGGAAGCAUAUUCUUAAUGUGUAUCCUGAGGGCAUGACUGGCAAAGAACGAAUGGAUUACAUAAAGAGGAAAGCAAAUGAAUACUAUUCUCUUAGAGCUCGUUGGAAAGAUUGUAUACAGAGAGGAAAGGUGAAUGCUGAUUUGGCGUACGUCACAGGGAUGGUUCGUAAAGAUGUUUUACGAACUGAUAGACAUCAUAACUUUUAUGCAGGCAGCGAUGAUAAUCAAAAUAUAGCUUCACUGUUCAAUAUAUUAACGACGUAUGCAUUGAAUCAUCCGUCUGUAAGCUACUGUCAAGGUAUGUCGGACCUUGCGUCACCGCUUCUAGUAACUAUGGGAGAUGAAGCACAUGCGUACAUCUGUCUCUGUGCCCUUAUGACACGACUUCACCCUAACUUCCUCUUAGAUGGGGAAGCUAUGACUUUGAAGUUUUCCCAUUUAACUGAGUCAUUACAAGUAUACGACCCUGACUUUUACAAUUAUUUGAAAUCGCAACAAGCAGAUGACUUAUUAUUUUGCUAUAGAUGGUUACUGUUAGAAAUGAAACGGGAGUUUGCAUUUGAUGAUGCACUGAGGAUGCUAGAAGUCUUAUGGGCAUCCCUUCCACAAAGAAUGCCAAUUAUCGAUUUAUGCUUGAAAGAAAAAGAGUUCGAUCCGACUACAGAACUAGAUGACGAUCCACCACCUUUAAGCCCACUAAUCAAAGCUCCACGGGAAAACGCCUAUACGAAAGUGUGUGCUAUAAGACGCCAAAGUUCUAGUUUUAGUUUGGCUAACGUGAAGACGCCAAAAUUAGCCACGUGCAGACCUAUGAACCAUAGCCUAGAUGAAAAUGCGACGCGUAAAAUACUAAAUAACACUUCCUUAAAACAUUCCAAAGAAUUCCAGAGCUUAGAUGAUGCAGCACUACAAGUUCAAAAACAAAAAAUCGACAGAUAUGACAAUGGAUUAGAUAAUGCUAAAGAAAGUAGUUUUUCCACAAAAGAGCCUAAACUGCAUUUAAGAAGAAGUAUGAAAAGUGUUCCCGAACACACCAAAUCGCCCGACACACAAGAUUCAAGCGGAAGUUCUUCUAUUAAUGACAAUAUGAUGAAUGGGAAUUCCCAUUCUGAUACAAAAGAUACACCUCUAGGCAACCAAAUACGGUUACUUAGAGAUAAAAUAUCUGUUCAUAAUAAUAAAUUCUUUUCUUUAGAUAAACUUGAUGAUACCAAUACGAUGCUCGAUAGUAAUAACAAACCCAAGGUUAAGAUGAUUAAAAACUUAAAUGAAUUCUUAAAUUUUGCCACGAGUAGCAAAACCGCAUUAUCAAAGCAAGAUAAACUUCAUAGAACUAAUUCGGCUAAAGAAAGCUCUAAAGAAAGCCCAAGAAUUAUUUUGACGAAAACUUCGUAUGAGGAAACCGACAUAGGAACUCGGACAUUUCGAAACCAAAAACCAAACAAUAUGAGUAAAAAUUUGUGCUCCGAUACAAAUGAUGGCAGCAGUCCUGACGAUUCGCAAGAAUACUACCCUAUGACGACAUCAAUGACAAGAGAAUUAAGACUCGAAUUAGAACAUCUAGAUCGACAAGUGUUUGGGCAAUCGUACAUAAAUCGCUGCAGCCUAGUAUGUGACUCUCCAUCUGAUUCUACUAGUACAGAUGAAAAACCGACUACGAACUGUAUAGAAGAAAAGCAAACUUGUCUAACUAUAGAGAACUUGCAAACGGUAACUGAAACUGCAGAAUUAACCGAAAUUCCAAAAAAAACACCUCAAUUCGAGACAAUAAAAUCCAAUGCAAGAAGUGCUGAAGACAUUUAUUUAUGGGAAAAUCCUUUACAUAGAAACACACCGACCACUCGCACUACUGCAAGCUGCCCACAGACUCCUGAUGAACAAGCAGAAUUGGACUUUGAUGGGGACACGGGAGAAAUCAUAGAAGAACAUUCGGGAAAGAAAUCAAUAACGCCGAUCAGAUUAUUAAGAAAAAAUCAAUCUUUAGAACCUCAAGAUUUGUCUCGAGACACCCGGCAUUCGAAUACGCAAUCUAGUGAAUCUGAUUCAGAUGAAUCGGACGAUAGAGAAAGUGAAUCUAUGAUGAAUUUAAAAAAUAAUCAAAAGGACACUACGGUUACCUCAAAAUUUUUUUCCAAUAUGUCGCAAGAAUUGGAAAACGCGAAACGCAAUUGUGAGUCCUUAUUAAAUGCGAAACAGCCCAAUUUGCAUAGUGUAGCUUCAACAAUAAACAACUUUCAAAAAAGGUACGAGGUCUUCAAACCUCCUGCAACGAAAAAUGUUACAGCCCUUACUGUAAACAAUGAUUUAUCGACAAAAUAUAGCAUUAAUCACCUACCACCGCCAACGCUGUUUGGUGGAGGGAAUCCAUUCUUGAUGUUCCUGUGUUUGACCGUGUUGUUACAACACAGAGAUUACAUUAUGCGAAAUCGUAUGGACUACAACGAGCUAGCGAUGCAUUUCGAUAAAAUGGUUCGCAAGCAUAAUGUGAACAGGGUACUUAAUCAGGCGCGUCAAAUGUACGCUAUUUAUUUAAAACAACAAGCACAUAAGACUGGCGACGUAACUACGUAAAAUUUUUAUUUAUGAAGUAUUAUAUUAUAGUAUUGACAUUAAUUUUAUCUGUUUUCGGUAGAAAUAUUUAUUUGCGACAGCUGGAAUGGGAAUAAUCUAGAUGACUUGUGUUGAAAAAGUUCAAAUGAAGUGGUAUUAAAGAUCACCAUUGCUAUAAAUGGGAAAAUGAGUAAUUGAAUUCAGCGAAAUGGCUUAUUUUACUGAUAUUGUAUAAAAAUAACUAUAUAUAGGAAACAUUUUUCUUCUAUACGCCUAUAAACGAUCUCCUACAAUAAUCUCUUGCUCAUAAGAUAGUAAUUGUUGCUUCGCUGUGGCAACUCUAUUAUGUUACACCAAUAGGUUAAGUUCGUACUUAUAAUGUUAAAGUAAUAUUACGGAAAUUAGUACUUUUACUUUGUGAAUAGACUGCUUUCAACGGUUCUCUUAUAUUGCUAAACUCCGCCUUUCCCUCUGCCUUUUAACUAUAUUCAUUCGUAAAUCGCAUAACGCUGCUAUUGCAAGAAGGCAUAGUUAUGGGCUUAUAAUAUACGUUACCCCAUAUCACAGAUAUAAUAAUACUAUUACGAAGUACUAGUCCGAAUACUCGGAACGAUGGGCAAAAUUGUACUAGUUUCCGCUAUUAUACGUAGUAUCCUCGGAUCAAAAGUAUAACUUAUUGUGAUAAAAGAAAACGAUGUAUUAAGUAUUUAUGUAUUAUUGAGAAUAAUAAUAAAGUAAUGGCGGAAUAUCGACAACUAUAAAUGAAUUAUUUAAAGUUCCUAACAUAAAUUAACCUUAAUAUGUUCUCUAUGUUGCAUUUUUUCCCCGGGAUAUCAGGGAAAAAUAAAGAAAAUAGAAGACAUGUAUUGAAGCUCGACUAACAAUAUUUCUUUUGUUUCUUUGUCUGAAGAGUAAAGUCGGCCGCCUACUAUAUUGUAUUGUCAUUACGUUUCUCAUAUCAGUUUGGUGUGAACUAUAAGAUGAUUGUGUAUGUAAACGCAUUCGUAUGGCGUACUUUAUGGAUGACCCCCUAACGCUGGUUCACAGACGGCAGCUGUCAGUUUAUUGUGAACGCAACCUAAGGAUGUAUGUAUCUGACGGAAGACAUAUCGCGGAACGACAGAAGUUACUUAACUAACGACAUUGAACCUGGCACAUACGACUGAUGUUCGGUUGCGUACUUUAGAUUUAGCAUACUAACGUGAGACGCUUGGAAGAAUCUUCGGUCAGAUUUGCACCCACUCUUAUAUUACUUUGCUCAUGAGUAGACGCCAAGUUAAUUUUGUUGAAAUGCAUUUGUUUUUAUUCCAAAGAAGUAUUUUUUAUAUAUUGUGAAGUGAUAUUUUAAUAUUUUGUUAACUAUGUAUAAUUUAAGUUUUACAUUAUUAAAUAUAAUAACUCUACGAACAAGUGACAUAAUUUUUUAUUCCUUAUAUUUAAUAUUGGUUUCCUAGGAUAUGAAAUGUUUAAUACUUAGUUUAUGAUGAAUGAACGAUUUAAAUCUUUGCUGUGUUUUAUAGAAAUCCAAUCAGUAUUUACCUAUUAUUCAGGCCUAGUUCCUCUAAAUCGGGAUAAUGUAAUAAAAGGAAAAGAUAUAUAACAUAAUUGAGGCAAUGUAUCUAAGAAGCUGUCUGCUUUACUUCAUGUUACUGACGUCCUUUAAGUUGGACAGUGCAAAAAAUCGACUGCAUUUGCUUAAAAAAGUUCAAUUUUGAGGUGUCAGUUAUAAAUCAACGAAAAAAUGUUUUAAAAUACUAUUACAAGUACUUUUGAAUCUUUCGGACGUCUUUGGGCUGACAAGGAGAACGAGCCUAAGAAGUUCCUUUAGCUGGUUUUGGUAAGUUUACCAACAAGUCAUAAGUUUCAUUAAUAUGUUGUUAUCUAAUAAUGUCGAAAUACAGUUUUUCAUUUUUCAUGACCUCUCACUGCAAUAUAAUAAUAAUACGCUUACAGUAAGACACAACUUAUAUAACCUGCUCAGAAAGCUUUUAGAAACGCGAUAAAUGUCACACCAUUGGACGAUCCAUAGGCCGGAUGGUCGGUCCGUUGAGCGUUAGAACAAGAUUAAUGGUUUCUUCAAUUUCUUCUUCAAUUAUUUAUUUCCAUACUCUUUCCUUUACAAAGUCCUAGAGCGUCUUAUAAAUGAACAAUUAAGUGAGUUCCUGAAUAAGUAUAACCCUUUAAACCCUUUACAACCUGGCUUUCGUUCCGGCCAUAGCACAACUGGCGCCUUGGUCAAAUCAGUGAUCGCAUUCGCUCCGGCAUGGAGACUUAUAGACUCACAGUCCUGGCAUUACUAGAUUUUAGUAAUGCUUUCAGCAACGUUGACUUUGACAGCUUGCAAGGGUUGCUGAGUUGCCUUAACAUAUCCAACGGUUAUUGACUGGUUUCGUAGUCAUCUACAUGGACGUCGGCAACGAGUACGUAUUGGAGAUUCUUUCAUAUAUGGUCUGCGAAAAUAUGAUCAGGUAUCACAGUACCGUCAUAGACUAAAAUGGCUCCCUAUUCGACGUCGUAGUCACUUACACAUCCUUUCCCUUUUCUACUUGGUGCUGUUCAAUCCGUUCACACCCUCAGACCAAAUAAAAAGUAUAGACGGAGUUUUGCCUAACAGAAAAGUGAAGCCGACAAAACUACGCCUUGGCGUAUUCGUACACAGUUUCACGCACACAUACAUAACGAAACGACCCCUUCCUUAUCAGUCUAACUAAAGACAGCGUGCGGAACGUUUCAUUAU